AUGUCUAAAGGGAAGAUGAAUGCGGAUCUAGGACCUGCGUUAAAGCCCUUUGACGACAAGGAUGACUUCACGGAUUGGCAAAGGAUGAUGAAGAACGUACUGAUACAGCAAGAUUUGGAUGAUGCACUCAGUGGUGAGAAGCCGACAGGCAUGACAGACGCAACAUGGACCAAGGUUCUCAAGAAGGCCAAGAGUUCCAUCGAGAUCCAUCUCACAAGAUCAGUUCGGUCACACAUCAUCAAAAAGAUGACUGCCCAAGAAGCAUGGGAAAAGUUGGAGAAUGUUUAUAUGGGCAAAAUCGUGUCUAAUAAAUUUUUUCUAAAGGAUGAACCAUUCGGACUUCGACUGGAAGAAGGAGGUGAUAUUGAAGAUCACGUAUGCAGGUUCCAGAAUUGCAUAACUAAUCUUCAGAAGGUCGAAGAAACUUACAAAGAUGAUGAUAUGGCUAUCAUCUUGCUGAGGUCUCUACCUUCAUCUUUCAAGAACUUUCAAACAACUCUAAUGUUUGGAAAAGAGUCCCUGAAGCUUGAAGACGUGAUUCAAGCUCUUCAGUCAUAUGCUAAACUAGAUGAUAUAACUGAAAGCUCUCAAGGCCUUUAUGCCAAAGGCAAGGAGAAGGGGCGGGAAAAGACAAAGGAAGAGAAAAUAGGCAACAGAGGUAGGUCAAAAUCCAAGAAGAAAAAGGAAAAGAAGGAAGGUUGCUUCAAAUGUGGUUCAACCGAUCAUUGGAAGAGGAACUGCAAGAUUUGGAAAGAGAAGAAAGCCAAGAGGGAAGGAAGCUCAGUAAGAGAAUGGUUCGAUAAUUACAAAGAAGUCAGCAGCGGGGAAGUUUUAAUGGGGGACGAUUCUUCAUGUCCUGUAAAAGGAAUCAGCACUGUCCGAAUCAGAAUGUUUGAUGGAAUGAUACGAGUUUUGGGGAACGCCGGCUAUGGGUACGAGUCUAAAAAAGGAAGACUCAGGGUAGCCAAAGGAUCACUGGUGGUAAUGCGGGGUGACCUACAACCCAAUAAGCUUUAUAAGUUAAUUGGGACCACUAUAGUCGGGGGAGCAGCUAUUUUUGUAAAUCAAGGUAUAGAAGAAAAGACUAAACUCCGGCAUCAUAGGCUCGGGCACAUAAGCCAGAAAGGGUUGCAAGAAUUACACAAGCAAGGCCUGUUGGAAGGCGUGUCAUCUUGUAAACUGGACUUUUGUGAAUAUUGUGUUCUUGGAAAGCAAAGGAAGGUAUCAUUCACGAGUAGCAGUGCAGAUGUUUGGGGCCCUGCACCAACCAAAUCAAAUGGUGGAGCCAGGAAGGUUUGGGUUUAUUUCAUGAAGCAGAAAUCCGAGGUUUUUGCAAAGUUCAAGGAAUGGAAAACAGAAACCGAGAAUCAAACUGGAAGAAAGAUCAAGUACCUGAGAAGUGACAAUGGAGGUGAAUAUACAAGUAAUGAGUUUACCAAUUAUUGCAAGCAAGAAGGCAUCACAAGGCAUUUCAUAGUAAAGAAGAAUCCCCAACAAAAUGGAGCUGCUGAGAGGAUGAACUGA